AACCAGAGGGGGGGCACCGUGGGAGGCUGGCUGGGUUAAAGUGAGGGAGCAGGGGAGUCAGGACCUCAUUCAGCAGCAGCAGACACACACACGAAGGAAUCGUUUCAAGGUGACAACCAACAGAAGCUAAAAUGCAGAGAUCCCCUCUUCUCCUCCUGCUUAGCUGCUGCCUGACAGCGACUCAGGCCAACCGCGUCUACAUUCACCCCUUCCAGCUCUUUGCUUCCCCCAACGUCAUCUGCGAGACCCUGCAGGCCAAGCCGUCCAAGCCUCUGGAGACCGUUCCAGUGAGCCCCCUGGAUCCCGAGGUCCUGACACCAGACAGCAGGGACCAGUCGGAGCUGGAAGCACAGAGGCAGAACAUCACGGAGAGGACGGGGGUUCUGGCGGAGAUGCUCAACGCUCUGGGCCUGAGGAUGUACAAGGCUCUCAGCAGCAAAGAGCAAACCACCAACACCCUGCUCUCUCCCCUCGACACCUACGGAUCGCUGGUCACUUUCGACCUGGGAGCUUCCAAGACGACAGCAAAGACGUUCCAGGAAUUUCUGGGUCUGAACAGCGCCACUGACCGAGAAGACUGCGUGUCCUUGGUGGACGGACACAAGGUUCUCAAGACCCUGCAGAGCAUCAUCUCUCUGGGGGACGAUGGACCCAAGGACGAAAUCACUAGGCAGGUCUGGGCCUUCACUCGUCGGGACGUCCAGCUGUCCGAGGACUUUGUUCGGGGAACGCAGGACUUCUCGGACACGUCGUUCAUCCGCAGCCUGGACUUCUCCAAACCUCAGGAGGACAAGCAACUGGUGAACGAGUUUGUGGAGAAGACGUCAGACGGGAAGGUGAAGAGUGUCUUUAAAGAGCUGAACUCCAGCAGCGACCUUCUGUUCGUUACCUCCUUCAACUUUCAAGGCAACUGGAGGACAGCCUUCCAGCCGGAGAGGACCACCUUGCAGGAGUUUCAUGUGGAUGAAACGACAACAGUGAUGGCUCCGCUGAUGACCCACACGGGUCAGUUCCACUACCUGAAUGAUAAGAUGCAGCGGUGCACUGUUGUGAAGUUGUGUCUGAGCAAACGCUCCUACAUGCUGCUGGUGCUGCCUCACGAAGGGACCAAGCUCCACGACAUCGAGUCCAAGCUGUUCACAAACGUCAUGUCCGGCUGGUACCAGAGUCUCCAGGAGGGUCUGUUGGAGCUGUCGCUGCCAAAGUUCUCCCUGUGGUCUGACAAUGACCUGCACGACCUGCUGGCCAACAUGGGUCCAGUAGUCGAGGCCCAACUCUUGGGCUCCCAGGCCGAGUUCAGUAAACUCACCGACACCAAACCCUUCACGGUCGAUAAGGUGGUGAACAAGGUUCUGUUUGAGAUGUCGGAGGAAGGAGCAGAACCUCAGGACAAGAUAGAAGAAGCGGGCGUCCCUUUGAAACUCACCAUCAACCGCCCGUUCUUCUUUUCUGUCAUAGAGGGAGAUUCUAACGCCAUCCUCAUGCUGGGCAAGAUCACAAAUCCCACACUUUAAAGUCGCGUGGUACUGGAAACCAGACACAUUUCCUUAAGAUCUACUUUACCACACAGGUCAUCACCUUGUUCCUGCUCAUGUUCACCAGAGUUGUAUUUUUCUUUCACCACCUGAUCCUCUCACUGUCUCAGUAUUUAUGAAAACGUGUUCCUUCCAGCCGAGUUGUUUUCCAGCUGCCUGUUAAUUUGUUUUUCCUUUAAAUCUUACAGCUGAGUUCUGUACAGUGUUUUUAGGUAUAGAGUAGGUAGAGGAACCACGCUUCUCAUGACUCAUACAUUGUAUAUUGUAACUAAAGAGUUUAUUUUUGUUUUGUUAUGGUUUAUGAUUUGCUGAAAUAAAACAUUUGUUUCCCA